AUGGUAAACCAGUCCAAUAAUAUGCCCGUCCAUCCAAUAGUUAAUAACCAGCGUUCGAGUAGCUCUAGUUCGAAGUCCAAUUCCGAGUUCGGCUCCGGCUCUAGCCAAGAAACUAUCUACAUCACAACCACUCGUACUCGAACCAUGACCCCGAGCCCCACAGGUACAAGUGACUCCGCAACCUCUGUCCCCACAGACGGAUACCUCUACCUCGACUGUCUCUCAAUCGACAAAACCAACAUCCAAGCCUUCGGACAAACCUACCGCGUAAUCUGUGGACAAGACUCCGCUGACCCUGACAUUAUUGCCAUCGUGUCAUAUAGUCUUCUCGACUGCGCGAAAGCUUGUGCACCGUACAACACCAACUUGCAAUCAAACAGAUGCAUAUGUGCGACCCUUCAACUCGUAUUUGAGAUAUGUGGACGCUCACAAGGGGACCUGUUGGUUGAAGAAUCAGACUGGAUGGCCGGUUGUGAUAUUGCAACAGUGAGCAAGUGUGACUGGGUAGAUGGCGACCCGAGAAGAGUCCGUGGAUCCUUCCAUCUGUAA